CCAAAAUUUUUUAUAGUUAUUUACCUUUUAUAUGAUUGAUCAUAUAUAGAAAAAAAAUUACAGAAAAGAUGCAAACAUGUUCUAAAAUUAGUCUGGCCAGACUUUCGGAAAGUUGCUUUGAACAAAUCUGUUUUAUUAAACUGUUAUGAAUUCUUAUCUGAAUUCGUUGCUUUGAGCAAAUUUCGCUUAAUAUUACCUAUUUCCAACUUGUUAUAAAUAGCCUUCACAAAUUUCUCAUUCUUCAUCAAUCACCAUUGCCUUUACCUUUGAGAACCCAGCUAGAAACCAAAAUGGCUUGGCACAGAAUUGCAUUAGCAGUUGCUUUAGUCUCAUCCUUUGCUUUGCCUUGUUUCGCCCAAAGCUUGAAAAAAGAAUUCUUGGAUCCUCAAAAUGAAGUUCGUGCUGACGUGAACGUUGAGGCAUUGACUUGGGAUGACCAAGUGGCAGCCUAUGCGCAAAACUAUGCCGAUCAAAGAAUUGGGGACUGUGAUCUUGUUCAUUCUGGGGGUCAAUAUGGGGAGAACAUUGCAUGGGGUAGUGGUGACCUUUCGAUCGCAGAUGCAGUCAAAAUGUGGGUUGGUGAGAAGGUCUAUUAUGAUGGCCGCUCAAAUAGUUGCGCUUCAGGCCAGAUUUGUGCCCAUUAUACUCAGGUGGUUUGGCGCAACUCGGUCCAUGUAGGGUGCGCAAAGGUAAGGUGUGCUAAUGGAGGAACUUUCAUCACUUGCAACUAUGACCCUCCUGGCAACGCCUUCGGGGAGACACCUUUUUAAAACUUCUAACUAUCAAAUGAGUACCUAGUAAUUUUUAUCAUGUCAUUUAAAAUACCGUAUAUAAAAUAUAAUUUUCAUAUUUUCGUUAUCAUCAUUAACAUCAUUGUCGCUUUCCGAUCACUAUCAUCACUGCUAUCAUCUGAUUCUGUUCCACUACCUACAACCAUCUACACUAAUUGCUGGCUGAUUACCAGCUAUAGCAGAUUCAGCAGCAGCCAGAGCCACGGGUGUGAAGAUCAGGUACAGCCAGCAUCAAAUCCUGUCGUAUAAUAUGCAACCAAAAAUUACAACAAACUCACAGACCACACAAUUUGCACAAUCCGAGAAAGAGAGAAUCCAACUGCAAAGUUACCAUUUCAAUAACUUCAGAUUCAUUCCCAUUGAAUACUUCAAUAUCAAAUACUUUGAGAAUUAAUCUACAUUUUGAGAUGGAUUAGAAAUUUAAAAAGAGCACAUACUGAUGAGCAAAAUUUGACUAAGAAUAAAAAACAAACCUUUGUGUCAAGCUCAAGCCUUUUAUUAGCUUCUGCCAUGACUCCCAGGAAAUCUUUCACUUUUCCCAAAACGGCAACAUUCAGAAAGAAGAUUUCAGCACUCAGCAGAAGCUUCUAAUUCCCAAGAAACAAUUUUCUCUAGAGAUGUUGGAUUUCUGAUAGUUUCAGAAAUUGGCAAUUAUGUUUCGUAACCGAAAUACCAAAAAUAGAACCUCAAGGCUCAAACAAUGAUCAUAAUCCCAUUUCCACAAAUUACAUACUAUCAGUUUCAGAUUCUUUAAACAGCUUUUUAUAAUUACAAACUUCAGCAGAAAUUUCCAGAUAAGUACUUCUAACCCAAAAAAAAAAAAAAAAAUCAAAU